AGAAAUUUUCGACGUGAAAUGUGCUCCGCCCUUUGCUCCCCUUUUUCCUCUCUCUCUCUCUCUCUCUCUCUCUCUCUCUCUCUCAAAGUUGCAUGCAUGAACGAGCUGGCCUCUCUUCCUAAGGAGAUUGACGUGAAGACAAUGUGGCUUCACCGCCGGUAAUACGUGGGAUGUUCUUCCGUCGCUCCCAGUCGCCGGUGGUGCUGGUGCUUCAAUAACAUUAUGGGAAGUUCAAACAUAUCACCAAGCCUCAAAACUUCCCCAUACACAAACAGGCAGGCCCAACUCCCUUCUAUAAGUUCCCUUACACAUGGUUCUCCAUGGGAUGGCCAUUCAACUCUCGUAGGAUCAAAAUCCAUUGAACAGCCCACAGAAUUACUGAGUCACCAUCUCCGUUGUUCUUCUGAGAGUUGUCUCGUAGAGCAACCGUAUUGGCUUGACGAUCUCCUUAAUGAGCCAGAGACACUGGUACAAAAAGGUCACAGACGUUCAGUGAGCGACUCUUCUACAUACUUAUGUCUGGAAGCUAAUCCGGAUGACAUCAAUGAGGAAACCAACUUCACAAUUGCUAUUGCUGGUCCUGCUUCUUGGGGGUGUCAGGCUUUGAUUCAUCAGAUGGAUCCGUUGCAUGCUUCGUUCGAGAAAAGGCCAAGCUCUUCCGACAAAGAAUGGAAUAUAGUUAGUGAACCUCUUCCAAUGGUUUCAGAAGGGUUGAUGUCUACUGCAGCUAGAAAGCCUGACCAAGUGGAUUCUGUUUCUCGAAACCAAUCAGGCUUACAAUUGAAGCCUUUCCUGUCCAAGUCAGAAGCAAAACGUGCCAAACAGCAAUCAGCUCAUCGUUCACGGGUCAAGAAGCUGCAAUACAUCGCUGAACUGGAAAGGACUGUAGAAGCUUUGCAGGCUGAAGGAUGUGCAGUUUCGGCUGAGCUUGAAUUCUUGGACCAGCAUAAUCUUAUAUUAGGCAUGGAGAACAGAACCCUGAGACAGCGAUUAGACAAUUUAUCCCAGGAGCAAGCGAUAAAACAGAUGGAGCAGGAAAUGUUACAGAGAGAAAUCGCAAGGCUUCAAACACUGUACCAUCUCCAGCUGCUGCAGCAUCAACAGCAGCACGAGCAAGAGCAUUCCAGACCUCGCCGAAACAGAAGUCAGGACCUUGACACCGAAUUCGCUAACCUCUCCAUCAACAAAUAGGAAGCCGGUUCGGGAGGGGUUCGGUCAGUAGUUCAAAUCCAUGUUUGAUAAAAUCUCAAAUAUCCGUAUUAAGGGUAAUCUUUUCUUCAUCAUUUCCUUGAUGGUCUGAUAAUCAAACUGGGCCUUGACUGUGGUAAGAGCAGUCUGCCCCUGCCUCCUCUAUUCGCCUAAUAGUAUGUUUUUUGAACAGCAAAAGAGAAAAAAUUUAAUCUCAGAGAAGACUAAAGGGACCCGGGGGCAUCACAACAAGGAGCGAACAUACUGGCCUUAUAGUAUGCCUACUACCUUUCGGUAAUCAUUGUUAAAAAUAAAUGAAUAAAUGAAUUAAUUUGUUCACCAGGUUACCAAGUGGUGGUUGCUUAAUUUGUAUAUAUGUCUGUCUAUAUAACUGCCUUGUGCAGCAUUUUACUUUGUAAGCAUGGCUUGUGUAAUGACAGAACACAGUCAUAUGUUUCUAUAA